CGCCAGCGACGUAAUUACCUCGUCAGGUAUACAGCAGAUAGCUUGUGUUGCCUUUCAUGGUACUGUACUGUGGUCCAGCAGCACGACUCUUACGAACCACCUGAGCCCUUAUGCCACAGCCACUCCCGACAGUAUAUUAUUAUGACAAAUGUGUGCUUUCAUGCAUUUGAAAGGUUUCUAUCGCACGCCGAGGAGUGCCCAAUGAGCAUAUCCUGUUGACGAUGCGCUUUCUAUCAAACAAUUCUGGGCGAGAGGACUGAUAGCUUACACAGCCCUACGAAACUUACACUCGAGCCGCUCGAUUUCGACAAUCCGCGCUGCCGUUAGCACUGAAUCAACCGCCAGUAUCGAAUCGAUGACAUAGUUUCAUUUGAGAUACAAGCAUCACCUACGACAUGUCCUCACAAGAUUCGCAGCAGAAUUCUUCCUCUUCGAGGAUGAUGGCCAGCCUUCCAUCUGGACUCCGGUCUAGACGGGGCUCUCUCGCGUCACUAGGAGGAUCGUCACAGGCGGACAAAGAACAGCUGACCCAAGCUCUCGAUGCUAUCCACAAUACUGCGUCUCACUCGGAAACGUUGACAACGUUUAAUGAAUUUGCUUCUCCUCCUUCAUCCUCGUCAGGCGUUGAAUCAAAGGGUAUCGCCGGCGAACUGAUGCAAAAUGGGCUCAGUGGUCUAUACAGUCGGUUUAGGGGUGUCGUGGGCGCCUCAAAAGACAAAGGUAGUCAACCCGUGGUCAAGAAUAACGCCGACAGUCGUGAAAAGCCGUCAACCCAAGACCAGAACUUUGCCACCAGUACCGCGAACUCAUCGGUGCCCGCCAUCGCCAGGGAAGAAUUGAACCUAAACGACUCUAUUGGUGAGGUGGUCUCAGAUCCACCUCCUGGACAGCCGCCAAUUAUAUCAGCUUCUACAACCCAAUCUGGCAGCAGUUCGCAGUUAUAUCAGUCAUCCAAAGCGCCGACUCACUUUACUCCGACAACUGCCAAAGCAUUACUAUCAUCGCGGCCAGGCAUGACUUCUAGAAGCGAGUCAACCGCCGCAGCUGUUGCUCCCACAACGACACCUGUCAACAUAGCAGCAUCAGAAGAUCGAGAAAGUAUAGCAGAUUCUUCAAAAGAGCCCGGCGAGAGUGACUCGGUUAACCAUUUCAUGCAUCGAAGGACAAGCCACGUCCCGCUACGUGCACACCCCAUUGAAGAUUCGGAUACGUUUGAUGCCAAACAUUCUGAUAUUUCUAAUCCGGAACAAGCCCAUGGGCUAGGGGGUUUACCCUUGACGCCUGGUUUAACCACAUCUUUGGGGACGGAAAUGUCGAUAAUUGAAGAGCCAGAAGACACCUCAGCUACAACCAGCCGUCGAUCUGCAAAGUCAUCACAACGCCCUUUAGAUGCGCAUGCUGCAUUAUCAGCCAACCAUGCAAGCCAAAAAUUGAACCAGCCCACAGCAAUUGACAGAUUUACACAAUCACAUUUACCAGGGUAUCAACCAUCGAGGGCUUCGUCAACGGAACGCAGUGCUACGGAAACUAGUCCUGUGAACACUUCCACCCGUAAUAGCCUCAACCACGAGCUGUUUUAUGCUGAUGAGAUCCACCAUGGCCGCCCUACUGGCGCAAACCGCGCCGCAGGUUCUACUCUGAAUAAGGGGGGACCGAAUGUCGUCAACACUAGACUAGAGCAAAUGAGAAAGCAAGUCCUGAGUAAGGAAUUUUGGAUGGCUGAUGAGAUAUGUAAGGAAUGCUUUCUGUGUGGUGAUGCAUUUACUGCGUUCAGAAGGAAACAUCAUUGCCGAACCUGUGGGUGCAUUUUUGAUUCAAAGUGCACUUCAAUAAUCUCUGGCGAGCGCUUUGGUGUCCAAGGAACAUUGAGAGUGUGCAGAACAUGUCUGGAUAUUAUCAAUAGACGCCAUGACAGUAGUGGAUCUGACGAUGAAUCUGGUGACGAUACAUUUCUUCCGACAUCCUUCUUCCAAUCUCACCAGACGAGACUAAAUAGCAUGAAGGAUGACCGUGCAAGCGAGGAAGGGCCUGAUGGAAGUUUCACUGGUAGGAGCCUCAAUGGAGACUCCGUUGGCUCUGUGACGACGCCGAUGAUGGCCAUCCCAGCAACACGACGCAUAGGCGACUCUGAAAAUAGGAAAUCUGCAGUUUUGGAAAUUGAUGCGCCUCAACUUGGCAGACCAAGCUCUUCUCGUUCCUUAAGAGCGCUAUCGUUGAGUCGACCGUUGUCUUCGGGCCAGAAGGCGAACCAACCAAAACAUAACUUUCUAGGCCGUUUUAGGUCAACAGCAGCAGAACGACCACCGUUCCACAGUAACUCAGCCGCGGAUGAGAUAAAGAAACGGUCAAGACUUCCGGCAUUGCAUGACGACAAUAUCAUUGAUCCGGACUUAGCCCCUUACAUGUCAGACGAUGAAUCGAGCGGAGACGAGCAGAUGAGUAUAUUCACUGCUUUGAAUGGCAGUGCCGGUAUUAGUACCAGCUAUGAAAACGAAAAGUCUGCCUUUGGGUCACUCCUGAAUGCUACAAAGAAGCACCGAUCCCGUGCCGGUGAAAAAAGUAUUAGUGGCUUGAGUUUUAGUGGACGACCUGUUGAGGAUAACAGUUGGGCCGGCUCCGUUAGCCAUGGCCGACCUAAUCGUAGACGAAAUCUGAGUACUUCAAGCAAUGUACACAUUGCCCGGGGGUCCCCAAGGCAGAACAAGCCUGGACCUCUCACGUAUAACUACGGCGAACUGAGCGAAGAAUCUACCAUUCCAAGAGACGACCCACUGGAACCGUCGUCUCACAGAGCUUCUAAGAUGACCCGCAGUGCAUCCAUGAGGAAUUCCAAGGCUCCAGCAGUGGAAUUGAACAAUGCAAGCCUUCACCAUGUCCGGCGCCUCUUACGACAAUUACUUCAAGACGCCUGCGUGGAAAAUGUCGCAUCAUGGGAGAAGGCAUUAAUUCCAAUCCUACUACAAUGUACUGACGAUGUCAACCCGGAUGUACGCCGUGGGGAUGAUAUUGAUAUCAGGCAUUACGUCAAGUUGAAAAAAAUACCUGGGGGAAAGCCUGGGGAUACCUCCUACGUCUCGGGGGUUGUUUUCACUAAAAAUCUUGCGUUGAAGAGCAUGGCGCGCAGUAUAUCGCAGCCACGAAUAGUGAUUAUCUCAUUCCCCAUUGAGUAUCAGCGACAUCAACAGCAUUUUAUGAGCCUUGAACCUGUCAUAGCGCAGGAGAAAGACUUUCUGAAGAAUAUGGUGAACCGAAUUGCCUCUCUUCGGCCUCAUGUUGUGCUUAUACAGAGUCAUAUCUCUGGCCUAGCUCUUCAAUACCUUGCGGAGGCUAACAUUGCCGUUGCCUACAAUGUCAAACAAUCAGUUAUUGAAGCGGUUUCGAGAUUCGCUCAGACUGAAAUUAUCUCAUCCAUAGAUAUGGUUGCACUUAAACCUGUCCAUGUUGGCAAGAGCGCAGGGUUUGAUGUCAAAACAUACGUACACAAUGAUAUUCCGGGCACCAGAAAGACUUGCAUAUAUAUAUCGGGGUGUCCCAAGGAGCUCGGCUGCACCAUUGUCCUUCGUGGUGCAAGUAUGGCUGUUCUUUCUACAAUGAAGCGAAUUACCGAGUUUAUGGUUUAUGUAGUAUACAACUUGAAGCUGGAGACUUGUCUCAUGCGAGAUGAGUUUGUUCUCAUACCUGCAAUCACAGAAGACUACGGGACUCCUACCCCCAGCAGCAAAAGCGCGCUUGAAAAGACCGACACCAAUAAUUCACCUGUGGAACCGGUUCAAAAAGCUGUACAGGUUACCAGCAAUGAGACCGAUAGUACAAAGUCUAUCGACGAGGCGACAACCGGGCACAAUGAAAGCCAGGAGUCUUCUGGAGAACUGGGAGACAAUGGCCCGCAACCAGGCUUCCCACAAGCCACUAUUAAUACCACUGCGGAAACACCAAUUCAAGACAGCCACCCAGAUGUACAGCCAAAACUUAUCUCGGCCCAUGAGUCGCAUGUUCAUGAUACCCAGGUGUUGCCUGAAGAUAUUCCAAUGCCGACUUUCUAUAGCGACAUGGUUGCGAAACAUCAAACAAAAAUACUCUCAGCCUCUCCGUUUGUGAAGUUUACGCAACCCUAUCUUCUCAUGAAUGCUCGGGAGCAGGAACGCCGCCUAGUCUAUCUUAAACGGCUUCGUGACCAGGACACGUUUGAAGACCAAACAGACGUGGAGAAAGCCAACCCACAGCGAUUUCAAUUGAUCCAUCCUGAAAUGGUCCAUGGAACGGUUAGGGGAGCUCCCAGGCAGAUAAUGGAGGUCCUUCAUGCAGUGCAUGAUGCAGAGUAUGAUAAAGCUCUUCACAAUUAUCAAACACAAAAGCGACAAUGGGAGAACUAUAUCCAGGGCAACCUGAAUCUGUUCGACCCUUACAGCCACCAGAACAUAGUUGUUCUUUACACUGUUGUUUGCACAGCCACGACGGUGCCAUGUGCUGGACCCGAUUUAACUGCCAUGGCUUUCUAUAAUGAACACGAGACGUCCAACGAUUUCUUCCCCGACUGCACAUUAGGGCAGUACGUUGAAGACCUAUGCCUUACAGUAGACGCAGUCUGUGCUUCCAAUGGCUGCGAACGCAAGAUGUCAGAGCACCAUAGGACGUAUGUGCAUGGCGAAGCUAGAAUUACCGUCUUCGUUGAAGCAUCACCAUGUAAGCUCAAUGGAUUGCAAGAUUCAAUAUUGAUGUGGAGCUAUUGCAAAAUUUGCAAAAAGGAGACCCAGGUCAUGCCGAUGUCAGAGAGCACCUGGAAGUACUCCUUUGGCAAAUACCUAGAACUGUCUUUCUGGAGCACCGAGCUAAGACUUCGUGCCGGGUUUUGUCCCCAUGACCUCCAUCGAAACCAUUUGCGAUAUUUCGGUUUUCGGAAUGCGACCAUGCGAAUACACUAUGACCCGAUCGAUUUACUCGAGAUCGUCGUCCCACGAACCAGGAUUACAUGGAAAGUUGACAACGACUUGAGGCUGAAGAAUGACUUAUUCACAAAAACCGAAGACAGGUGGAAUCGCUUCAUGGCAUCAGUCAAAUCGCGUAUUAAAGGGAUCAAUAUCGACAGCGUCGUUAGCGACAAAGUUGAGGCCUGUAUGGCCGAGGUUGAAACCCUUUCUCAGAGGGCACAAGACGAACAUGCAUCAUUAUUAAAUAAACUACAGGAGAAGUAUAUGGAGUCCAAGUAUUACGAGAUAAUCCCCAUGAACCGAGCUAUCCGUGCUAUGCAAGAAAGAGUUGCGGAGUGGGAUACGGCGUUUACUGAUUUUGAUCGAAACUUCUUCCCAUCCGAGAAGGAUAUCAGGCGUCUUGCUGCCCUUCAACUAAAGAAUUUAUUUCUCGACCGCGAUGCAUCCACGACUCCGAACGAAACGCCUGAUCAAUCACAGGAUAUUUACGAGAGACAAUCUGACGAGGGACAAUCCAGUAAAGUCACCAACUCGGUUCACGACAAUACUGAUAUGCCUCCCACUGAAUUUCAAGGAACGCUCGCUCCACUUGUCGAGGAAUCAGUUUCUAUAGACGAUGCAGCCCUCAAAGUUCCGCGCCCACAAGGCACCGAAGCACUGAAUUCGACUAAAAGUCAAGAUACUGUACACCACCUUGAUCUUGCAAUUCCGUGGGUUGCGACGGGUGAUGAUGCCCCAGCGGUCAACUCCCCCGUCGACCAAACUGGUUCGCCUUUGCCAAGCUCUGAAAGCAAACUCGUUGCUAACUCCGACAACACUUUAUCAUCCCAGCUAGGGCCACAUGAUUCAGAGGCAGACACUCCAAAAACUCCGCAGCAGGUGCGGGAAAAAAGUCAAGCAGACUUGCGUGAAGGGGCAACUACCAACCCGGAGCCGUCUGGUAUCCCGAGGCCAAGCGAUCGAAACGCUGGUCGACGCAGCGGACUCGCUGUAUCACCCCCAAUACUCCGCACUCAGUCACAACCGGCGGUAACACUGCGGCGCACGCAACCUGCGGCAUUGAGGGCAUUCAACAUCGCAGCUAGGGAAAAGGCCAACGCGGUCGGCAUUCCUCCCGACUCGACGAUUCCUCUAGGGGCUUUCUCCGGCGAGCAAACAAAAGACAAACGGCUCUCUGAUAGAUUGGGUUUAGGAUCCCUUAAAAGCACCAGAAAGCCCGGGCACUCUUUGAUUCCUCGUUCUAUCCAUAGCAAGGGAAGGGAAACUAAGGUAUCUACGUUAGCCAAACAUUUUGAACAGCUCAGUCGAGAAUUUGAGAAGGAGCGCUUGCGUGACAAGAAGCAACGCGCAGCGAAGGUCACGCAAUCUAGAGCGUUCCCAAAGGCAUCGUCGAAACCUAUCGUCGAAGUCUACAAGGAUGUCAACGAGGCAGUUGAAGAACGCGGCCCUUCUGAAGAAGGUUUGCGGCCUAGAAAUCAGUUUUCAUCCAAUAUCGAGUCGACAGGCCCAACAGAUGGCAUUUCGAAUGCAAACACCAAAUCAAAACUGGAUGCUCCAGCCCAUAUAGAUACUUCUGUCGCGGGGGAAGACACGGUAACAGAAGUAGAAACAGACGACAACCAGCAAACCCUGAGUCAGACAGCUUCGGAUGAUGAGGCUGCUGCGAGCGACACAGAGCAUUCAUUUUUAGAAGAUAUGCCAAGUAUUAAAGAUAUCACGGAAUCUUUAGGGGUUUCCGAAACAAUCUCAGAAGUUGACUUACCAAAACAUGAGAAAACAAGUCUCAUGAAGAUGCUGACCAACUUCUGGGCAGAACGAUCAGCAAGUGGCUGGACGCAACUAGAAUAUCCGCUGCAUGCCACAGACCAUGUCUUCGUCGACUCGGAUGUCAUUGUUAGGGAGGAUGAGCCUAGUUCCCUUAUUGCCUUUUCGUUAAGCUCACAGGAUUACAUUGAGAAAUUACAUGCCAUCCGGCAGCAAGGCCAAACAAACAUGCCGGAGAGGACAUCCGGACAGGAGCAUUAUAACUCCGCAGAGGCUGACGUCGAGACGUCGCUGCUCAGGGCAACUGGAACGCAUUUGAAGUACCAAUUCGCCGAAGGGUCUGCUAAGAUGCUGUGCAAGAUUUUCUAUGCUGAACAAUUCGAUGCUGUCCGCCGUAAAUGUGGCGCGUCAGAUAGGAUAGUAGAAUCACUAUCACGAUGCUUGAAGUGGGAUUCAAAGGGCGGCAAGACUAAGUCUGUCUUUUUGAAAACACUUGACGAGAGACUCGUUCUAAAAUCAUUGUCUCCUGUUGAGACUCAAGCAUUCUUGAGGUUUGCUCCUGCAUACUUCAAUAUCAUGGCCGAGGCACUAUUCCAUGAGCUGCCCAGUGUUAUCGCCAAGAUGUUAGGGUUCUAUCAGAUUAUCAUCAAGAAUCCCGUCACUGGGACUGAGAUAAAAUGGGAUGUGCUAGUCAUGGAGAAUCUAUUUUACGACCGUGCCCCUACUCGGAUAUUCGACCUAAAAGGCUCUAUGCGCAAUCGCAAAAUCCAGUCUACGGGUGAGCAAAAUGAAGUUCUUCUAGACGAAAACAUGGUCGAAUUUAUUUACGAGUCACCCCUUUUUGCCCGUGAGCACUCCAAGAAGUUACUAAAAGCAUCCGUGUGGAACGACACGCUAUUCUUAGCAAGGCAGGAUGUAAUGGAUUAUUCUUUGAUGGUGGCUGUUGACGAGGCGAGGAAAGAGCUUGUGGUGGGAAUUAUCGAUUGCAUCAGAACUUACACCUGGGACAAGAAGCUUGAGUCCUGGAUCAAAGACCGUGGUUUUGCCGGCGGUGGCAGAAAUAGGCCCACCGUAACAAGUCCGAAGGAGUAUAAGAGCCGUUUCCGAGAAGCAAUGGACAGAUACGUGCUACAAGCACCAAAUUGCUGGCACCACUUCGGCGGUUAUGACGCGAGGGCAUUGAAAUAGAACCAGUCCCAGAAUUACUCGUUACGAUAUCGAGAUGCACCGAGGCUGAGCUAGGUCACUUGGAACUUCCAAUCCAUAGAAACCGCCUAAAAUCAUAGUGGGCUAUAUAGAAAUAGCUGCAAGAAAGGGGGUCCACUCGGUCCCAGGAGGCAAGCUUUGAAGCUGAAAGAUGUAUAAGAGAUCAAUUGGUGUUUGCAUGCGGCUGGUGAUUAAAUACCACUAUCUAGAUCAAUUUGAUAUAUAAGUAUUCGAAUUCCAGUCUUCUUUCAUGGACUUCAACUUUGAGGUCUCAUCUACGAUAGUGCAAAUUAGGCCUCGCUGGUUCCAUUGACACCUGCACACUACGGCUGGGUAGAGAGUCGUCUUAUUAUGGGACUCGCGGUUCGCAUGGUCAACAACGUCCCUUCCUCUUUUGCUGAAAUCGAACAGGCCACACAAGAAUCUCGAAAUACAAUCUUAUUUGGUUACGUUCUUCUCUGUAACUUUGGCUAAUUUCUAUCUGGCAGCUAUAAACUACAUCUGCAAUCUCCCAUUGCUCGCCUCCAAAAGCAUCCCAACCAUCUUUGAUCAAACGCAGAAUUGUAUGCACUGUCCCGAACGCCGUAUCUGCCCCUAGCACUUUCCAACCCCGCAC